AUGCCACCGCACCUCUUACAUCCCAGACCUUCUCACUCCCAGACUAGAUUCUGCCCGGGUGUCAAACUCGCUCCUCCAAUUCACCAUGUCACUAUCAUCGGCUUUGAAAGGCGUUCAGAUCAGAAGAUAUGGUUCUUGAUCGACGUAGAUCCCCAGCAAGCUGACCCCCAAAACAACACAGCUGGCUCUCGAAAUUUGGCUCGCAAGUCCUACACCAUUGCCCGCCGCUACGAAGACUUUUCUCACUUUUCCCAAAGCCUGCAAACAACCUUCUCGCCUGCACGCCCUCCCUUGAGCAGUAUCGGCCGCAACUCGCGUCAAAAAUCAGCACAAAAUCAAGACACACUGGUCUUACCAAAAAUCAAGGGUCGUAUCCAAAUUCUUCCCAAUAAACAAAUCCAUAUCCAGCGCCGAGCAGAGCUCGAGCGCUUUGUAGAUGCCCUGUUUCAACUUCCAACUUCUAUCACCCAAUCUCUUCUUGUUCUCGAGUUUUUUGGACUUCAAAAAGCAGAUACCGAAGAGCAACUCUGGCGGGACCAGCAAUCUUCAAAAUUAACAAAGCCAACCCCCAAAGAACCAAAGCGUCGACUGGUACGAUCUAGCUCUGUUGGCCAGGUUAAAUCAGUCGCCUCUGGACUCCCCAAAUCAGUUUCUCAACCCAAUCUCAGACAACCUCCUAUAACUCCAAUCUCACUUGCCACACUACCUGUAAAGUCAGCGACUCACCCACUACACUCACUUCACCCCUUAUCCUUACCUUUGCCUUUACCCUCGCGGUGGAAACGUCUGCGAUGUCCUUCAAUUCGUGGUCCAAUGCCUGUUUCCACUACCUCGACCACCUCAACAUCUUCCGUCGCCUCCACAUCUUCUCUGUCCUUAUUUUGCACCCAGGCAGCAACAGUAAUUCUGCCAUGGAAUAACCGCGCUACGCCUUCAAUUGUUCCAUUAUCAACGCCGGCCAUGGCAAGCAGCACAAGCACAAGCAGUAGCUGUGCCAGUAUACAUACUUCCUGCAGCACAAAUACAUGCAGCACAGUCAACACUAGCGCAUCUCCAAGUCCUUCACACAGCACCAACGGAUCUCCAUCUUUAAGGACCAUCAAGAUCAAAGUGGUAUAUGAUGCCGAUAAUAUUAUCGUCAUUCAAGUACCACGUUCUAUCGAUCUAAAGGAGCUUCAGCAGCGUAUUUCCCAAAAGUUGGCCGACCCUGGCAUGGGAGGCAUAGUGCUGGACAAGGACCCUCACCUGUUGUUUAAUCACACACGGUCAUCAGCUUCUUCUACUUAUCAGGAAGACAUUUCUGGCACAGAUACUAUCAUUGGUGACCAAAGUGAUUGGACUUUGGCUAUGCAUACCCAAUGGCAUGACCUGGACAAGGUUACACUGCGUUGUGUAUAG